CAGAGCACCCCCGUCAGGGGGCAGGACAUCAGCCUCAGGCUGAUCGUGCACAGCAACAGCACGGUCACCCGGAAGAUGACGGUCAACAUCAACGCCGACUCCAUGUGCUACAAUGGGGUUUGUGCGGAGGACUUCUGGAGCGAGAACAGGGACGUGGAGGUGCAGCCACAUAAAGAGGUAAAGAUUUCAAUCCUGAUCCCCUACUCCAAGUACAAAGAUCACGUACUGGAGAGCAAGACCAUGAGGGUGGAGGCCCUGACCAAGCCACCCUGGAGCAGCAAAGGGUUCCACACCUCCAAGAACGUGAUCCUGUCGAGCCCGGCCCUCAGCCUGCAGGUGUUUGGAAUGCCUUUCCUGUUUGCCGACAUGGAGGCUGAGGUGGUGAUGGAGAACCCACUGGACGAGCCUCUCACAGACUGUGUACUCACCUUGACAGGACCUGGGCUGCUGAGAAGCCCCCGUGUGUCACGGGUGGCCAAUAUCGGUCCAAAAACAGUGAUGAGAGCACAGAUCUCAUUCGAGCCAUUCAAAAUGGGCAAGAUGGUGCUGGUGGCCAACUUUAAGUGCAACCUCUUCAAGGAUAUCAAGGCCUACAGCACUGUAAAUGUCGUGUUCUGAGGGCGUGAAUGUCCUGAGUUUCUCCUCUCUCCCUGCUGCAGCCUUCGUCUAUCUUAUCAAAGUCCAGGGGCAAACAGUCAGAGAGGAGGGUCAGUGUCCUGGCCUGGAUUGAUCAGUUUACUCCUGUGCUCAAACCCCUCUGUUGUUCAGCAGACUCUGAAUCGAUUUCAAAUCAGCUACGAUAAUUUGUAACGUUCUUCAUAGACUUUAUAAAUAUUUUGUAUUUUAUGUUCUAGAGGAACUAAUUCUGUAUGUUUCUGAUUGGACCCUAUACAUUGUCAGAAUACACAAAGUUGUUGCCAAAAAUUCCCCUUGAGUUGCCCAGGGCUGCUGUACUUGGGCUCCUGGCCUAUGAUGUUAGCAAUACUGAAACCUUCUUUCGUUUACUGCUCAUAUAUACCAUAUUAUAUGCUGCCUGGAGUAUAAUACGCUUUGAUUUUCAUGUUUUGUAAAUUGUUUUGGGCUGCUUUUAUGUUCAUCCUGGUUUGAACCUUAUUAGGUUCCUUCCAGGAAUGUUAAUUGUCUUUGGAAAUGAAAUGCCUGAGUUAAAUCUCUGGUUCCAGAAGUUUGAAAAAAGAAGUGACAAUUUUUGUAUACUAAAUGUGUUUUAUAAAUGUUAUCAAAAAGAUAAAACAUGGCAAGCUCUCUAGCUACAGCAAAAUAUCACAUAACUUUGUGGUUAGUGUCUGCAGUACAUAAAGAGUAAAUUAUGUGGGAUAUGUUCAGGUCCACAGUAUUGUGAAUUUACUGGUGCAGGUCUCAACUUGUAAAAUUAUAAAGAAAGUUUUUUUCUUCGGUCCUGAAAUCUUCCAAAGGCAGAUGUCAAAUUAAGCGAUGAAUCUUGUUCCUAUAACCACAAAAAUGAUUGAAUUCCAAAUUCUAUUUAUGAAAAAAUUGUGCAUAUCGGUUUUAUGCUGCUUACAGAAUUGUUCUAGGGUCUUGUGAAGGAAUGGGAGUACUUUACUUUUGGAAUAACUGUUCAGUCAACCAGUCAAGAUACUUUCUUGUUCUUGUUAAAUGGUGAUGGGGGAAAAAAAUGCACUCAUUAAAAUUAAUGAAAAAUUGAAA